AACUCCUCCAUCAAUUCUCACCAAUCAAAAUUAUCAACUUCUAGCAUUAGAAAGCACAAGUUUCAAAUCUAAAAUCCUUUUCUCAACUCGAAAAAUCUCUUAACGGAAAUGUCAGGCCGUGGAAAGGGAGGCAAGGGUUUGGGCAAAGGAGGAGCCAAGCGUCAUAGGAAGGUUCUCAGGGACAACAUCCAGGGUAUCACCAAGCCUGCGAUUCGCCGUCUGGCACGUAGAGGCGGUGUGAAGCGUAUCAGUGGUCUGAUCUACGAGGAGACCAGAGGAGUCCUCAAGAUCUUCCUGGAAAAUGUGAUCCGUGACGCCGUGACUUACACUGAGCACGCUAGGAGGAAGACGGUCACCGCCAUGGAUGUUGUUUAUGCCUUGAAAAGGCAAGGAAGGACUCUUUAUGGUUUUGGUGGUUGAUUUUUCUUUUUCUAUUUUUUAGGUCCUUUUUUUUUAUGGUGUAUCUGUAAUAGUAGUUUAGAGAUGGUUGUAGUUGUAGAUCUUGGCUCUAGAUCUGAAAAAUCCAUGGUUUAUUUGGUUUUUCGUUGGGUGUUCUAUUGUUCUUGUAAGUCGUACUUUCUCAUUUAAAAAGUAAACAAUGAUUUGCCAGA